UGAUGUAAUUUAUCGAUUGGUUCGCCAUUGUGCAAGGGAGGCGUAUAAAGUGGAGUCACUUAGAAGAAGCCACAAGUUAUCAGGAGAGGUGGCGAUAUAGCCUAGGUCGUCCAAACUGUAGCCUACUUGAAAGAACUUUGAAAGCACAGCAAAUUAUUUCAAAAUGCAGUGCUGUGCGAAAUCCGGGGGAUUUCUCAUCUCCAGAUCUGUUAACCGCCUUGUGCGCUCCAAAAAUCUCCAAAAUUUUGAAAGACUGCUUAUUCGAAACCAGCAAGUUGUUGCACCUAUCCGCGAAUUACGGACGUCCGUGGUUUUCCAGACGAGGAAAAUAGAGAUAAUGUUGCCAAGGCACGACGACUUUACCGAAAGACAUAUAGGACCAGGUGAAAAGGAGAAAAAGGAGAUGCUUAGUACUCUUGAGCUUGAGUCCGUUGAGGAGUUGAUAGAAAAGACCAUUCCAUCUUCUAUCCGCUUGAAGAGAGUUAUGAAAAUGGAUGAUCCCAUCUGUGAAAAUGAAAUCCUUGAGUCUCUUCAGAAGAUUGCGUCUAAGAACAAGUUGUGGAGGUCCUAUAUUGGCAUGGGCUAUUAUAGUUGUGCCGUCCCCCCAGUGAUCCAGAGAAAUCUGCUGGAAAACUCUGGAUGGGUGACUCAGUACACACCCUACCAGCCCGAGGUUGCGCAAGGGCGCCUGGAGAGCUUACUGAACUACCAGACCAUGGUGUGUGAUCUCACUGGCUUAGCGGUAGCCAAUGCCUCUCUCCUGGAUGAGGGCACAGCUGCUGCAGAAGCCAUGCAGCUCUGCCACAGACAAAAUAAAAGGAACACCUUCUACAUUGACCCGCGCUGUCACCCACAAACGAUUGCAGUUGUGCGGACUCGUGCAAAUUACAUUGGUGUGAAGACCAUCCUGAAGCUGCCCCAUGAGAUGGACUUCAGUGGAAAGGAUGUGAGCGGUGUGCUCUUCCAGUACCCAGACACAGAUGGCCGUGUUGAAGACUUCACUGCCUUAGUUGAUCGAGCGCAUAAGGGGGGGGCCCUGGCGUGUUGCGCCACAGAUCUAUUGGCCCUCUGUAUCUUGAGGCCACCUGGGGAGUUUGGGGUGGAUGUGGCCCUGGGAAGCUCUCAGCGCUUUGGAGUCCCUCUUUGUUACGGUGGACCUCAUGCAGCCUUCUUCUCCGUCAAAGAAAGCCUUGUCCGCAUGAUGCCUGGCAGGAUGGUGGGGGUGACGAGAGAUGCUGCUGGUAAGGAAGUCUAUCGUUUGGCUCUGCAGACCAGAGAACAACAUAUUCGCAGAGACAAAGCUACCAGUAACAUUUGUACAGCUCAGGCUCUUCUUGCCAACAUGGCCGCUAUGUUUGCCGUGUACCAUGGACCUCAAGGUUUGCGUCACAUAGCUGAGAGGACUCACAAUGCUGUCUUGAUCCUGGCUGAAGGACUAAAGCGUGCAGGUCACAAGCUACAACAUGAAAUGUUCUUCGACACAUUGAAAAUCCACUGUAGUGUGGCUGCUAAAGACAUCUUGGAAAGAGCAGUUCAGCGCGAGAUCAAUUUACGAAUUUACAGUGAAGAAGUGCUUGGAGUUUCCCUGGAUGAGACGGUGACCGAGAGGGAUCUGGAUGAUCUUCUUUGGGUGUUUGGCUGUGAAUCUUCAGCUGAACUUAUUGCUGAGAAAAUGAGUGGACUGACUAAGGGCCUCCUGGGAAGUCCUUUCAAGAGGACAAGCAAGUACCUAAACCAUCCAGUGUUUAACAGUUACCACUCUGAGACCAACAUUGUGAGAUAUAUGAAACGUCUAGAGAACAAAGACAUAUCUCUUGUGCAUAGUAUGAUUCCACUUGGAUCUUGUACGAUGAAAUUGAACAGCUCUGCAGAACUGAUGCCAAUCACUUGGAGGGAAUUUGCAAACAUCCACCCAUUUGUGCCACUGGACCAAGCUGUAGGUUAUCAACAGCUGUUCCACCAGCUAGAGAAAGACCUCUGCGAGAUCACUGGCUAUGACAAGAUCUCCUUUCAACCAAACAGUGGUGCUCAGGGAGAGUAUGCUGGCCUUGCUGCCAUCAAAGCCUAUCUCAACUCCAAAGGGGAGUCCCAUCGACUUGUGUGCCUGAUCCCUAAAUCAGCCCAUGGUACUAACCCUGCCAGUGCCCAGAUGGCAGGUAUGAAGGUCCAGGUGGUGGAGGUGGAUAAAGAUGGAAGCAUUGAUGUGGUUCACUUGAAGGCCAUGGUUGAGAAACACAAGGCUAAAUUAGCCGCCAUGAUGAUCACGUAUCCCUCUACUAAUGGUGUAUUUGAAGAGAACGUCCGUGAAGUCUGUGAUCUCAUCCACGAGAACGGUGGCCAAGUCUAUUUGGAUGGUGCUAACAUGAACGCUCAGGUAGGCUUGUGCCGCCCCGGGGAUUAUGGAUCCGAUGUGUCUCAUCUCAAUCUUCACAAAACCUUCUGUAUCCCUCACGGUGGUGGAGGCCCUGGGAUGGGACCUAUUGGAGUGAAGGAACACCUUGCCCCUUUCCUACCCAGCCACCCUGUGGUGCCCAUGCAGGCCGGUGAUGCUCUGAACUCUCUGGGGACAAUCAGUGCUGCCCCCUGGGGUUCAAGUGCUAUAUUGCCAAUCUCAUGGGCUUAUAUCAAGAUGAUGGGUGCCAGGGGUCUGAUGCAUGCUACCGAGGUGGCUAUCCUUAAUGCUAACUACAUGGCUAAGAGAUUAGAGAACCAUUACAAGGUGCUCUUCAGGGGAUCCCAAGGUUUUGUAGCCCAUGAAUUCAUUUUGGAUAUUCGACCAUUCAAAAAGACCGCCAAUAUUGAGGCUGUGGAUGUGGCAAAGAGACUGCAGGAUUACGGAUUCCACGCUCCAACCAUGUCAUGGCCCGUGGCCGGCACUCUGAUGAUUGAACCCACAGAAUCUGAGGAUAAGGCGGAGAUGGACCGUUUCUGUGAUGCCUUGAUAGGCAUAAGGCAGGAGAUAGCAGACAUUGAAGAGGGCAGAAUGGACUUGCGUGUCAACCCACUCAAGAUGUCUCCACAUUCCCUAGCUGUUUUAGCAUCAAGCACAUGGGACCGGCCCUACUCCAGAGAGUUAGCCGCUUUCCCCAUUUCAUUUGUGAAACCGGAAACCAAGUUUUGGCCAUCAAUCUCCAGGAUCGAUGACAUCUAUGGCGACCAACACUUAGUCUGCACCUGCCCACCAAUGGAUGUCUACGAGUCCCCCUAUGAGCAGGUGGCCUCAUCCUAGAGGCGUUCGAGUGGUCACACAGCCACCCAAUGUCUUUUUUUGAAUAUAUUUUUAUAAGUGUUUUGAGCAGUCUCCAUGUUCUACUUUUGAUAAAGAGAACUUGAUAAGAAAACAGAACUUUAAACAUUUUAAACCAGUUUUACUGUGUGUAUAUAUAAAUAUAUGUAUGUAUGGAUGGUUAUUCCCCCUGCCCUCCAUUCUCCCUCAAGUCAAAGAUGUUUAAUAUACAUUUAAUGCACUGUCACAAUAGUUUAUAUUUUUAGAUGUUUUUUAAUCUUUAAGUAAUUUUUAGCUUCCUUUCAGUAUGACCUGCUGUAGAAAUAAAACGCAAACCCUGAAAAAGGA